CCAGCGGCGGAGUGGUGAGAGGAAAGAAAAACCAGCGGCAGUAGCGGAUGCAAGCAGGCGCGGUAUUUUGUUUUAAAGUGGUGUGAGUUACAUCACAAUUACUGUUGGCGUUUGAUUAGUUUGGGGUUUUAGAAACAGAAAACUAGAUAUUUUUCCAUCCAUAGACUUGGACUGAGGUAGUGAAAUAAAGUAAUAAACAAAGAGAGAGAGGUAGAGAGAGACUACAGAAGAGGCGUGCAGCAGCCAGCAGCUACCCGCCCCCUCCGCUCGAGCACCUUUACCUCACCAUUUCUUGUCAUUCUCCUUCUUUAUUUCAUAAUUCAUACUGCUAAUUCGUUGUUUUUUUUCACUAAAUCAAAUUAAAAAAAAAUAAUCAAAUCGUAUGGCCAACAUAGACAUUGAAGGACUCCUAAAGGAGCACCAGGAUGAUGAAGAGGGGCGUGUCCCCAGGACUAAGAUCGUUUGCACUCUAGGACCCUCUUCUCGAUCCGUUCCCAUGCUGGAGAAGCUUCUCAGGGCUGGCAUGAACGUGGCUCGCUUCAAUUUCUCCCAUGGCACCCACGAGUACCACCAGGAGACCUUGAACAAUCUCAGGAUUGCCAUGCAAAACACUAACAUCCUCGCCGCUGUCAUGCUCGAUACCAAGGGACCUGAAAUUCGUACCGGUUUCCUAAAGGAUGGAAACCCAAUUCAACUGAAGGAAGGUCAGGAAAUCACCAUCACGACUGAUUACAGCAUCAAGGGUGACACAGACAUGAUCUCCAUGAGCUACAAAAAACUGCCCGUGGACAUCAAGCCAAGAAAUACCAUCUUGUGUGCAGAUGGCACCAUCACCCUCACUGUUUUAUCUUGUGAUCCACAGGCUGGAACUGUCAGGUGCCGUUGUGAGAACACUGCAAUGCUUGGUGAGAGAAAAAAUGUUAAUCUUCCUGGUGUUGUUGUGGAUCUUCCCACGCUGACUGAUAAGGAUAAGGAAGACAUCUUGGGAUGGGGUGUUCCCAACAACAUUGAUAUGAUUGCCCUUUCUUUUGUACGCAAGGGCUCCGACCUUGUUCAUGUGCGUAAGGUUCUUGGGCCCCAUGCCAAGCACAUUCAGUUAAUGUCAAAGGUGGAGAACCAGGAGGGAGUGAUUAACUUUGAUGAGAUCUUGCGUGAGACAGACUCCUUCAUGGUUGCUCGUGGUGAUCUUGGAAUGGAGAUUCCAGUUGAGAAGAUUUUCCUAGCACAGAAGAUGAUGAUAUACAAGUGCAAUAUUGUGGGAAAGCCUGUUGUUACUGCUACUCAGAUGCUCGAGUCCAUGAUCAAGUCUCCUCGGCCAACCCGUGCUGAAGCAACUGAUGUUGCCAACGCUGUCCUUGAUGGUACUGACUGUGUUAUGCUCAGUGGUGAGAGCGCAGCUGGGGCCUAUCCAGAGCUUGCAGUCAAGACCAUGCGCCGAAUUUGUAUCGAAGCAGAAUCUUCCCUGGACUAUGCUGCCAUCUUCAAGGAGAUGAUAAGAUCAACUCCACUUCCUAUGAGCCCAUUGGAGAGCCUUGCAUCCUCGGCUGUGCGUACCGCCAACAAAGCCAGAGCAAAGCUCAUUGUGGUGUUAACACGGGGCGGGACCACAGCCAAAUUGGUUGCCAAGUACAGGCCUGCUGUUCCAAUCCUUUCCGUGGUUGUUCCUGUACUGACAACUGACUCAUUUGACUGGACCUGCAGUGAUGAGACCCCUGCGAGGCAUAGUCUGAUAUACAGGGGCUUGAUUCCCCUUUUGGCUGAAGGAUCUGCCAAGGCCACAGAUGCAGAAUCUACCGAGGUGAUUUUGGAAGCUGCUCUAAAAUCAGCAACGAAGAGAGGAUUGUGCAAGCUUGGUGACGCAGUUGUUGCACUUCAUCGCAUUGGAGCUGCCUCUGUUAUAAAAAUAUGUUUAGUGAAAUGAGGUGGACAUGGUCAGAGAGGGCAGCAAGAUGGAAGUUUAUUGCUAUCGGAUGGUAUCUUCUUAUGCUUAUAAUUCCGCGUGAACAAUUAUUUUGAGGACCGGAACAUUUCCUUUUUAUCUUUCCCGAGUCAUGUUAUAUGUACUCUUUUUUAUCUUCGCUUUGAUCGGGUGGUGAGCUCAUAAAAUAAGGCGCGGAACCCUUCCAUUUGCUUAUUUAAAAAAAAAAGCGUUUAGCUUAUUAU